AUGACAGACCAUGAUUCAUGGACUCGAGGCCAGCAGCUAUUCUACAGCCUCUUACCCCUAUAUGUUCCUGAGGCACUGGCCCCCUAUAUCAUCUUUCCGAUCUUUUUCCUCGCCCCAAACCGCCUUGGCCUUGGUAGCUACCGCAUCAAAUUCACUGCGAUGGACGGCAAUAAUGGCCCAAUCGACCCGAAGGUUAAGGACGGCAAGCACUGUGGAUCCGCUGAUAUCUGCGACCCCGAGAUCACCUCUCAUCGGGAGGUGCACCGAUAG